CUUCAGGCACCCCCGUUCGUGCCUCUUGCUAUGGUGAUAUACUACCAGAUUAUUGCUUGAGCAACCCAAACUGGAAAAUAGAGUUCCUCGUAUAUCAGUAUAUCAGUAUUUGGCCAUUCGAAAUACUCGGGUCCACGUCGCAAAGAAGAUUUCGCUAUUUUUGCAUGUCAACUACCCGUGAUCGAUGCUGACGACAGCGUUCAGCGGUUCUUGAAGAGGUUCUGAGUACGUGCCCCGUCGUCUCUUCCGGGGAUCCUGCAGGUUGCCAUUCAGGCCGACCUCGGAUCAUGAGCUUAUCGCCCACGGAUCCGCUCCCUCCACCAUACGACACUGCACUCUUGGUACUCGCCAUUAUAGCGGUCGUUGUUCAAGCAUGCAAUUGCAUAUACACGUGUUGGCGGCUUUGUUGUCAAAUCACAGUGUUUACUUUGGGUCUUGCGAUCGAACAAGUUCUUAUCCUCAUGUUCACCAUUAUGAACAUCUGCCGUGCCUUCCGCCUAUCCGAUAUCCGGUAUCAACAAAUACUCAAUAUCAUCACGGAUGGGUUUUUUUUGGUGGGCAUUUUGAUACAUGUUCUUCUGCUACUGUUUCGCUUCAGAUUAGUGAAUCAGGGAUGGUAUAGCAAUUUCUGGGACAUGUUGAUGAUCGGGUUAACCUUGGUUGUCUUCACGGGGACAUUCGCCACAGUAGUGACAUGCGAGAUCUACCAACGUACUCUGCCAAUCGAUUCAGCGGAUCCCUAUCCUCUCAGUUCGGCCAUCAGCAUUGCAAACGCAGUGUUUGCCUUGUAUGUUCUCCUUGCCGACACCAUUCUCUCUUCUUUAACGUAUAUACGCUUGCGGAAAUUGAAAAGCGGGACCCGCUCGGAACAUUUCGAUGACAACAACCGCCUGCACAUUCGAACGAUUUCCGCCAUGGUCGGCCUCGUGCUAAUGAGUUGGACAGCGAUGAUAGUCUAUAUUUUCAAUACAGCUAGUGGAGUAGCGGAAACUCCUCUGAGCAGGGUAUUGAUUCAAGCGAGCUACACCACCAUUUCGUUCCAUAUGACGUUUGCUUGUGUAUUUCUGAUCUCGAUCAAGCGGCUGUUAAAGGGAUACGGGAUUUCCGUAUCGAGAAGUGCAAACGAUCCAUACAAUACGACAAGUGUCGUUCCGGAACAACCGGAGGACUUGGAGGAGCAGGUUGCUCCUUGAAGCAACGAGUUACCAUCCGUAAAUAAGGUUGGUGCUGUCCAGCAGGGGAAACCGUCUGUUGCCAGCGAUUUUCUCCAUUACCGUUUUCAACUGUAUCCUUAUCAAUACGAAUCAAAGAUCGCCCUUGUUAACCGUGUCCGGUUACUGCCGCGGGACGUUUGAAUACAAACGGUAGGAGUCUUUAAUAAAAUCUCCAAACUAUAAAACCAUGUAUAUAGGGGACGCAACUUUAGGGACCUUUAUAAUGUUAAACACAUGAACCCAAGAGUUUUCCGUU